UUUUUGUAGUACUUCUGGCUAUUCUGGUGAUUAUACACGGCCUCAAUGAACAUAGACUGAAGCAGUUCAGGGCGAUGAACAAAUUCAAGAAAGCUGCAUUAAGAGUAAUAGCUGGAUGUUUAUCAGAAGAAGAAAUAAGAGGACUAAAAGAGAUGUUCAAGGGCAUGGACACCGAUAACAGUGGAACUAUAACACUCGAAGAACUAAAACAAGGUCUCACAAAGCAAGGAACAAAACUGUCAGAAAUGGAAGUUAAACAACUAAUGGAAGCUGCCGACGCAGAUGGAAAUGGAACGAUAGACUACGAAGAGUUCAUCACCGCGACGAUGCACAUGAAUAGAAUGGAUAGAGAAGAACAUUUGUAUACAGCGUUUCAGUAUUUCGACAAGGAUAAUAGUGGUUUUAUCACGAUUGAAGAUCUCGAGCAGGCGCUUAAGGAGAAGGGCUUGUAUGAUGGAGGGAACAUUAAGGAUAUCAUCUCAGACGCUGAUUCUGAUAAUGUAUGCAUACAUGUGUACUAAAACUUCAUGUCUGAAAUUUUUUCAAACUUUAUAUUAAAUUUUUUGUAGGGUAUUUUUCACGUUAUGAUACUCUUUUUUGUGUUUGAUUUUAACUUUUUAUUUGCCUUACUGAGUACAUUUCUUUCCAUUGCAGCUACACAACAGAAGUUGGAGAUGGAUGGUGAAGGUGGGAAGAAGAAGCCAGAGACGUGACGAAGGAAAAGCUUGCAACGUUGAUAAGAUAUGGGUUCUCUGUAGUCUUUAUUGUUCAAGUCUACUUAAUCAUGAUUGUUGGAUUUGUUAAUAAAACAUGUGUCAAACACUUGUUAUUUGUUUAAUAGAAUUGUGUUUAAAUUUAUUUACUAAUGUUAUUAUUUGUUUCAUUUUAA